GUUAUUAUCAAUUUCUAAAAAUAAACAAUUGCUAAUGACUUUAACCACGUAAAAUCAAAUAAAAAAUACCCCAAAAUGAAAAAGCAUAGUAAACCUAAUAUUAUUCUUUAUCAAGAUGGAUUUUGGGAAAAAUGGUUACAUUAUCAUGCUCAUCCUCAAUUUAUUUGGAAUAAUCAUAUCAAUUCCUAUAAUAAUUAUCCCUCUCAUAACAGUUAACAAAUUUUGUCGUGAAACAUCAAUGUCAAUGUUUUUAAUUGCUGGAAUUAUGAUAUUAACAUGGUCAUUGGCAGGUUUAGCAAGUUCAAUAUGUUGUUGGAAAAUUGGUUUUCAAGAAUUUGUUUAUAUGAGGUCACAAGUUUUUAUAUUAUUUAUAGUAGUUCUUUUGGGGACAAUGGCAUGGUGGCAAUCAAGAACAGAUUCACGUAUGUAUACAUAUUAUGAUUGGGAAACUUUCAAGAAUUGUAUGGUCAAGAAACAAAUUUGUCAAAGAAAUUUAGGACAUGGAUUGGAUAGACUUUCUCCAUAUGCUUCUAGUACCCUUCAGGACGCUUGUUGCAAGUAUCCCAAGAUAUGUAACAACAGUGAUAACAAUACAUCCAAAAACGAGAGCACAAAUUCGCGUGACCCUUUUACUUGGAUGGAUACAUACGACGGUUUUCCGGUCGCCGGAAAUCAAAACAAGUCUACAGAAACUAUUGAAGAUUGUCGUCAAUGGAGUAGUGAUCCCAAUAAGCUUUGUUUCGAGUGCUAUGCAUGCAAAAAGGGCUAUUUGUUUAAACAAGAUCAAAAUUGGGCUACUGCAUUGUCAAUUUGUGUUAUUAAUAGUGUUGUGCUCCUUUCAUUUUCUUGUUAUUUUUAUAGUAAGAAUUUUGAGGAGCCUGGUAGGGAAAAAUCAAAAAGUAGCAAAGUUCAUCCUACUAGUGUAUACGAAUAA